AUGCGCAGGCGAUCUAAGACUAUAAAUGCCCCACUGGAAGUUAAAGAAAAUGAGAGUAGAUACCCUGAAGAGAAGGAAGAGGCGUCUUUCCCUGAUCUGACAAAAGACCAGAAGAUUUGCCUCGAGAAGGAAUUGUAUCCCGAGGAGGAUGUGAGCUGUCAGUUUACUGAAUGCUUUUUUGACACGACAAAAGGGGAUGUGGUUGGUGAACGUACCUUACGUUUGAACACUAAGGAAAAUUUGUUGAGAAGGACACCUGACUCUUUGGGGGAUCAGUGCUACUUGACACCUAAUAGGGACAAAGCAGAAGAAAACUCAGACUGUGGAAUACCAGAGAAACAGAGGAAAACGCCGGUUGAUUUUGCAACUGUAACAAUUGCUGAGUUUGGGAUUACUGAGGAAAGUUUUGCUAAGCGAUCUCUAGGGAAGUCUCCAGCUUCAUUAAAAUUAAGACGAAGAUCAACAAUUGGAGUACGGGGGUCGCCAGAAAAUAAUACCCUUAUCCAAUACCUCGCCCAGCAAAGAAGCAACAGGAAAACAGAAGCUUUUACACAGCAGAUGAGUCCUUUCAAACGUGAAAAUGUCAGGUCGUUGAAGUACAAGAUAGAUGCCUUUCAGAUGUCUUUUAAAUCCAUACAAGAAGCUGGAGGGGAGACUGGCUUCUCUGGACUGUCACAAGCGGAUGAUGCAGGCUCUUCUGAGAACAAAGUACCUGAUACAGAAGAACAGCACGUGGAUCAGCAGAGUGAAAACUUCCUGUCAGGCAACAGUGGAGCAGGUUUGAAAGAAAAUUUGAGGCAAAAUUUGACCCCCACCAGUAGGUCUCAUACCAAGAUCUGCACCAUCUUGUCUUCGUGCCAAGGGGCAGCUGUCACGGAACCUGCUGCUGCCCUUUCAAAGGGUUGGACUUACGACCAACACAGUCCUGUUGAGUCAUUGGAGGCUGUUCUAAUUCAAGAUAACUUAGAAACAGGUGUCAGUUCUGACCACUUCGCUGAAGAUGUUAGAAGUGAUGUCACACCAGAUCUAAGCAGAAAGAGAGUCGGUUUUGUGGAGGAACCGAGCCUGGAAGUAUUUGGUGAAAGCAAGCCACCCAUCACACCACUACAAACAGGAAAUGCUUCAUUAAAUAACCAUAAACAGAGUGGCUCCCACCUGCGAUCGGUAUUGAAAACUCCAGUGAAGCAACUAAUGGAGAGCACAAAGGAAUACUGGAAUGAUGCAGCUGACAGAGGAGGGGGUGAAUCUCCCCCAGUCUCCAGUUGUGCACAAAUCUUUGAAGCCUUGCAAACAGAGAAAGCUGAAAACCCAAAGAAGAAAAGAGUUACUUUUGGAGAAGUUCUAAGCCCAGAAAUAUUUGACGAAACUUUGCCCGCAAAUACUCCGUUGCGUAAAGGAGCGACACCAGUCCGGAACCCGGAGUUACAAAGUCGUAGCCCUUUUGCAAGGUCGAGUCUCAGCGAAGAACCCUUGUCCCAGCCGGACUUUGACUGCGGUGAUGAAUGUGUUGAGCCUCUUCAAGAGCUAGUGGAGGGUCCUGUUGCUGCAGAAGACCUUUUACCUAUUGAAAAUGCACAAGCAGAACCUGAAAAAUCUGAUGUGAUAGAAACUCGUUCCUCUACUAAAAGGAAGCGUGGCACUGGUUCUGAGGGGACCGAUUUUAACGUCUCAGAAGCCACGAGCAGUAAGAAUGCUGAAGGUACUAGAAAUCCCAGACAGAACAAGAUUCAGAGACAAAAGAACGUAACCACAACUGCUGCCAAAAAGACACAGAAAACAAAGCGUGCAAGCUUUGGUAAAAGAAGAAAGAAAAAAGUAAAAAAACCCUUAUAUGGGGAAAGAGAGAUGGCUUCUAAGAAACCUCUUCUCAGCCCUAUUCCUGAAAUUCCAGAAGUUUUCUCUGCUGCCUCAUCUCCAAACUCAACAGCAAAUGCACUCUUGUCAGAGGACGUGUUUUUAGAUGACACCAAAGCUGGGAAUUCAAGCAAGGAUGUUGAGCAGCAGCCAGAGGUUGAAAGAAGGAGAGGGAGAGACAUGUCCACAGUUCCUAGCUGUGUGAGCCCUGAGGAGCAGGACGCUGUAGAGGCCGGCAGCUCCAGCGAUGGCGCCGUGUUCCCGCCUUCCGACGGGGAUCUGAAUUCUGCUGCAGGCAGCAGUCACAAGUUUUCAAAUAUUGCGCCAGAUGUGACGUGUGGUUUUGGUACAUCCAGUGAUUUCCAAGAAGGUACAGAGACUGCGUGUGUAAAAGAGGCAGAAGAAAAGGGUUUCUGGAUGGAAAAUGACAAACUUCAAGGAAAUCUCCUAAAUAAAGCAGAACAACUAACUGGGCUAGAAUUUCUGGAGCAACAGGACACUGCUGUACAUGAGGCUGCCCAAAGUGUCCGCAAAAAAGAUUCUGUAAAAGGUAAUUCACCAAGAAGAAGUAGAAGAAGGAGAAGUAGUGCCUGCUAUUUUCCUCCCGUUGAAAACUUGGAAAUAACUGGAAGUGAUCUUCCACUUUCUUCUUUUAAUGUGGAAGAAGUUUUAUCUGCUCCUCAGCUCAAAAAUGACUCCUUAGAGCCUUUUAGAAGACAGAGCUAUAACAAUGGGGAGAGAAGAGUGAGGCGCAGCAUGAGGUUCCACAAGGAUACAGAAGCUGAAGGACUCGCGUGGAUUCAAGUACCCAGCCCUCCCCUGCCAGCUUGUAAAAUCAGGAGAAGAAGCACAUCCGUCCUUACAGACUCUGAGAAUAUUCCGCACAGCGAAGAAAAUCUCAUCCAGUUUUCAGCACCAGGAAAGGAGAACAAUGACUCUGCUCAUCUUGCCGACGGUCCCUGCAAAAGGUGGAAGAGGAAAAGCCUGGGCGCAUCCACACUUCAAGAGCCAAGAGCUUGGUCUCAAGCACGGAGAAGGAGUGUAACAAAUCCUGUGGAUAGGAAAGACAGAAGUAACCAAAAACACUAUGAAGAAGCAGAAAUAUUUCCUAACAAUAACAUUUAG